AGUAAACAUGACAGAAGUGGGAGAUUUGAUUGUAAAGUUUCAAAGAGAAGAACAUAAAAUAACAGGUCUUGUUGAUACUGACACGGUAUCAGACCUAAAAAAUGCCAUAUAUAAAGCAACACAAGUAUGUCCCGAGAGACAAAAACUUCUUGGCCUCAAAGUAAAAGGCAACCAGCUGGAAGAUGGAAUGUCUCUAGCAUCUUUGAAGUUGAAACCAAAUUCUAAGAUCAUGCUUGUUGGCACCAGGGAGGAAGAGCUGGCAAAGGUCAUUGAGCCACCUGCUGAUAUGCCGGAAGUUGUGAAUGAUUUCGAUAUUGAAGAAGAAGAAAUUGCCAUUGAAAACAGAGAAGAAUAUCUGGAAAAAGUGGCAAGACGAGUGAAAGAUUACAAGAUCAACAUCCUCAAUGAACCUCGACCUGGCAAGAAACUGUUGGUGCUGGAUAUAGAUUAUACAUUGUUUGAUCACAGGUCAGUGGCCGAAAAUGCCCUGGAGUUGAUGAGGCCACACCUUCACGAGUUUCUGACCACAGCAUAUGAGGACUAUGACAUCGUCAUUUGGUCUGCCACAGGUAUGAAAUGGAUCGAGACAAAGAUGAAGGGGUUGGGAGUUGAAACCAAUGCCAACUACAAGAUCUCCUUCUAUGUAGACUGUGAUGCAAUGAUUAGUGUGCACACACCAAAGUAUGGGGUCAUCGAGGUGAAACCACUUGGGGUUAUCUGGGGCAAGUUUGAACAAUGGACUGCCAAGAACACAAUCAUGUUUGACGACAUCCGUCGGAACUUCAUCAUGAAUCCACAAAAUGGCCUGAAAAUCAAACCAUUUAAGAAAGCCCACUUCAACCGUGAGUCUGAUACAGAGUUGUUAAAACUGUCAAGAUACCUGAAGGACAUCGCUCAGCUGGAAGAUUUUUCCUGUCUCAAUCACAAGAAAUGGGAAAGGUACAAACCACCACGACACGCAGCCAAGAGACACAUCGAUGGACACGGCAGUCAGGGCCCUGCUGGAGAUGAAGGCUGACUUCUGAUUGGUUGAUUGACAGGUCACAUGAUUGGUAGAGUGUUUGGAAAUGAUGUGAACUAUUUAUCAGUGUGUCAGCUGACAGUAUGACUGGUCAUAGCAGAUAAGGCUGAAUAUUUUACACUGCUGUCAUUCUCAUAUUUUUGUGCAGGUGUUUACUGUAAACUGUUAAAGGAAGUCGUCAGACAUCAUAUGUGGUCUUGGUCUUAAGGGAUAUGAACAGAAUAUGUCUAUUAGUUAGAAGUUGUUUCUUUUUUUGUACGCAUCAAAGGACGUGACAAUGAACUUUUUGUCACUUUCCGGGAUUUUUCUCUGCAUUUUGCUAAUCAGACAUUUGGUUGUCAUGAAAACAUGUCUUCACACACUGUUUAAUGUGGAGUGUUAAAAAAUUAUGAUAACUUUAAGAUAUUCCCUGUGGUAACAUCUAAAACUGAAGUUGAAAUAAAAUGUCACUUUUUUUUCUUAAAAUGACGACAGUUUGAUAACAUGUAAAUUUAGCGCUACAGACAGUUACAGAUAGAACAAUUUUAGCCAUGACAGCAGAUAGGACUUAAUUUGAAAAUUAAAAUUGACACUUUUUGUUCUUUGAAGAGAGGUUGCCUGCCAUUUUAAACAAAUAUUGUUUUUGUUGUCUUGAGCACAGUAAACACCACUUGAAGACCUCCUUUGACUUUAUUGUUCCAUUGUUUUCUUGAGGAGGUUAGGUGCAUACAUAAGAGUGAAGGCUGAAAACGAUCAGUGUGUUAACACUUGAACGCAGUAAACUAGUUGCUUAUUUUGUGAAAGGGGUAAAACAGUACAUCAAUACUAAUACUACACUAUGGCUUCAUGAUAAGAUGCAUAUAUUAAUAUUGUAUACUAUAUGCGUGUAUUACAAGAUUGUAUUAUGAUUAAGAUACAAUGUGUAUGUUACAAUACUGUUUUAUGAUACAAUGUGCAUAUAAAAAUAUUGUACCAUGCUUUAAUAUUGAAAACACACAAUGCAUCAUGAUACAAUGUGUAAUAUUACAAUACAGUAUCAAGACUUAGUGUGGAUAGUAAAGAUUUGCAUCAAGAUUCAAUAUUGCAAUGUGUAUCACAGCUUAAAUGACCAAUUUACCAAAUUAUUGCGUUUACCAAAGUAGGUGUGUUAUUACAUAACUCACAUGAGCGAAUACGUUGACAUAUAUAUACAUUGAUGUACAUUCAUAUUUCAUUAUUAUUUAUUGCAAAAUACAUAUACAAUUACACACAGUAAAAUUCUUCAUGAAAUGUAUCGUAUCACCCUUCCUUUUAAAGUACUUGACAAUUUGACACGAAGUAAUGUGAGUAACAUAACAUCGCUCAAUUAAUAUGAAACAUCGCUCACUAGAAGUUGGUUAAACUAACCCACGCUUAUGGUAACAUUGCCCAGUUAAAACAAAGACAUUUAAGUGAAUUAAGCAUCAAAGGAUAGCACAUUGGAACGCCAUGUGAAUAUAUUUGGUCAACUGGUCACCAUCCUGCAAAUACCCCGUUUCACCAGUGGUCAUUGUUAUAUUAUUUGGGGCGGUUGGGUAGCCUAGUGGUUAAAGCGUUCGCUCGUCACACCGAAGACCCGGGUUUGGCUCCCGACAUGGGUACAAUGUGUGAAGCCCAUUUCUGGUGUCCCCCGCCGUGAUAUUGCUGGAAUAUUGCUAAAAGCGGUGUAAAACCAUACUCACUCACUCACACUCACUGUUAUAUUAUUUGGUCUUUAGUGUAGGUGUAUAUGCUCAAUUAAUGUCAUCACCUUUGCUUGAUUGACAGUGUGUGAUUGGUUCAGUAAGCCGGUGAAUGUAGUAUAAAUUUGAUGUAUUGCUCUGCCCCCUGUUUUGAUUACCACAGGGCACCACAGGGCACCACAGGGCACUUGAUAUAUAUGAAAAGGAGUUUUUUAGGCUUCACCAAUAUUGUCAUUGCCUCAGAACCAGUUGAUGUUUUUCUAUGUUGUAUAGUACUGAAACAUAUAAGACUACACAUUUACCAUAUUUGCCGUAAUAAGUGCCUCAGGGGCUUAGAAAAUUGACAAAGGCCUUUUAAAACCAUUCACAGUUAAGUUUGAUGUCAGAGAUCCACCAGUAGUGACCAUAGUUCAAACGUCAAUGAAAAUAUGUUUUUGAUAAUAGGCAGUUAUUUUCUUCUUCUACCCUUCUGUUGUCUGUUAAUAAUACUCAAGAAAACAUGGUCUGUCAUCAUGGUCAUGUAAAGUUUUAGUAAUAGGGGCGCUUAUAAAGAUUACUUACAGAUUGUUCUAGAAGUUGCUUGGGGUGAUUAUUGGAGCAGGGUGCUUAAUACGGCAAAUACGGUAAUCAUGAAAUUCAGAAAACCUUACUCCGACUGGGGACAGAUACUUUUGUAAUGACUUUCCAUGUUUACUUGUGUUUUGUUUCAUUUCACUUAAAACCAGUUUGAAGCACAUAGGUGCUAUGUAUAGUUACCAGUAAUUGCAAUCCACAGAAUUAAGGCUGUUGUGUUUCACCUUCUCCAAGAGAUCCAUGCCACCAUGUUUUGAUUUUGUCAUUCAGAUCUGACGGUAUUGUCAACUGAUUGUGAGGGUUGUAUCAUUGUACAAUUGUACAUGUCGUGUAGAACUGCUUUGUCCAAGAGCAGUUCCUUCUUGUUCAUCAAUCAUUCGUCCUUCAUUUCCUGCCAUCUUUAUGUCCAACAUAUUUGUAUUAAUUGACUAAUGGCCUUUUAGAAGUAUAUCCAGGACCUUUUUUCCAUGGCCUUAUUAAUUACAAGCCUUAUAAAUAAAUAACCUUCUAACAAGGUGAUUUGCAAAAUGUUGCAAAUGAACUCACAUUUUUUACACAAAGAAAUUCUUUCAGUGGUCCAAUUCCUAAUUCGUAAUUGCCUUAUUAAUAAUUACUGGAAGUAGAGAAUCAUAUGGCAAGUUAUAUUUGCUUGUGGUUAGUGGGAUUUUUGUGGGGGAGAGAAAAAAGACAAUCAUGUGGUGGACACACUCAGUGUAAGUUUGUGAAAAAAAUUGUAGGAUAACAAACAACUUUUGAAAAUACUUCAUGCUUAACAAACUUUUAUAGGUUAUCAAUGAGACACAUAACUGCACAAGGCUUAGCUUGAAUAAGGUUUACUUUCCAAUUCUGUACAGGUGAUUCCUACUCUGUACUCACUGCACAAGUUAAUGGUAAAUCCCAGGUCAGCAUGGUUUUACUAUAACUGGGUUAAGGAACUUUCCAGGCAGUAAAAUAGUCUGAAGAACUUGUAAACACAUAUUCGAUUAUUUAUUAAAUUUGACCAAUUGGCCACUAAAAUCAAAUUAAGAUGUUCUGUGUAUUUAGGUUUGAGAUAAUCACACACAACAAUGUCACUUUGUCACACAGUCAUCAUGCUUUCUCAUGCAAGUAAAUAUCUACUGCUAAAAUCAUUUUCUUGUCCUUCAAGUGAAAGUUGAAGCAUUUUUAUUGUCAGUCUAUGUUUGGUAACACAGAAUUGAGGAGUCUGUGUACAUGUGACAUGUGCCGUGUCAAGUGCUAAAAGAAAUCCAUCUAUGUCAUGUGAUGCUUCAAGUCUGGAAGUUUUCUGUUACCACUCAUUGAUGACCUUUAAGUUGGAAAAAAACUAUUGUUAUUGAAUGUUAAGUAUAACUUUUGAAAGUGGUCUUUAGUCCUUCUGACAUGCACUUUGAAACAAUGUUGUAUCUGUAUCUGUAUCAGCUUCAGUAUAAGAAUCGGAGAAUCAAUUUGUGCUUUUGAAAUUGUAAUUUCCCCGAGUAUCAAUUACUUCUUUUCAUUGGUUUUAAUAUUAUGUCCAGGGUGUCUACUGAAGUGUCAAUGACUGUGUAUCCAAUGUAACUGUUACGUUUACAUUUGUUAUGGGUUGUUUUUGGACAGCAAAUUGACACACCAAGGUUUUACCUUAUAAUAUAACUUGAUAAUGUAUAUGCCUUGUGUAGACAUAGGUAAACAAUGCACCCCCGCUUCUCAGGACCAGGGCAGUUCCCCCUUCCUCGGGGGUUCAGAAUCCAUUGCACAAACCAGUUGAUUUCAAUUUAACAACAUUAAAACGUGAUAACAAAAUAUGAAUUCUCCACAGUUCAUCUGCUGCAGAACAAGUCCUACUCUUUAGAGAAAAUAUUUUAUUUGCCUCAUAAGACUUUACAAACCACCAUUGACUGGCUGGCUGGACAUUUUCAGUGCAUGCUUUUGCAGAUUAAUGCUAUCAUUUCCUGGUUUGACAUUUAACGAGAAAGUGUAUGUACAUGGUAGGGUUCAGGAGUUUGUAUCCAAAAAUGCAAACUAGAAUAUUGAAAUGUCAACAGCAUUGUUGACUGAUGCAUCGACUUCCCAAGUUGUAGCAUGUUUCAUUAUUAGUUUACCCCUACACUAUUUUUACUGUUAUAAAAUAAAAUGUUAGCUCAAACAUACUCACGUCACACUGUGACAACUGAAAUCAGGUUCAAACCAAUGUCAAACCCACUCACUCUGAUCAAGCGUGCCACUGUGGGGCCAAUUUAUCAGGCAGCCAUGAUAGUCAUCUGUGACACUGCAGUUUCGCUGUCCAGAACACUGUGGGGCCAAUUAUCAGGCAGCCAUGAUAGUUGUCUAUGACACUGCAGUUUCGUUGUCCAGAACAUUUAUGUAAGACAGUUGGUGUUGAACCAUACUGUUUAAUACCAAGAGUCCCAACAGCAACUGUGCUACCAAAAAUAUGCAGCCACGUUACAAGCAGUACUAGAGGACACGUUUCCAUGCUUAGCCCUCUUAGAACCAAUCAAAAGUGAUACACAUUAAUUCAGUCCAUGAAUAAGCACGCAAGAACUCAUGCAAAUUGAACAAACCACAGAACCCAGAAGAACAGGUGACAGUGUUUAUUGACAUGUAACCAUGGCAACUAACGGUACAUUUAGCCCUGUAUCCCGGUGAAUAUUCUACACAGCAGCGAUUGCAGGUUCACCCUCGCACUAUUUCAAAUGUCUAAAGCAGUCAUACACACAAGACUAGUAGACAAUGAAUUGAUACUGCCAGAUCUCCCUUGUACCGGUAUUAUUAAAUGACAAUUAUUCACAUUCUUAAAGAUCUGUAAAGUUUGUGAUGUUCGUGAAAUCCACUAUUGGUACAUUCUGUUGACAGACAUCAUGCUAGCUAUUGGCCUAUGCAUCCCUUCAUGCAAUCAUUUUGCUGACAAAUAUGUGACUUUUUAAAUCUAAGAUUCAAAAAUGAGAACUGAUAAUUCAGUGUAAUGACUGCUAAUUCUUUUGCAAAGUGAUAUUAUUUGCGUGAAUUCACAAAUGAGAGUUAACAUGAUGCCUGCUCUGUUAUUCAAACGUACUAUCACAGUCCUCACUGGUUUUCUGCAUGAGAAAUACUCAACAAAAAUAAAUGCUGCUUUAUUAUGAA